CACCUACAACAGCAGCUCCUACAACAGCAGCACCAACAACCGUUGCCCCAACAACCGCAAAACUUACAACUGCAGCCCCAACAACAGCAGCACCUACAACUGCAGCACCUACAACAGCACCUCCUACAACUGCAGCACCUACAACAGCACCUGCUACAACAGCAGCACCUACAACAGCACCUCCUACAACUGCAGCACCUACAACUGUUGCCCCUACAACUGCUGUACCUACAACAGCAGCUCCUACAACAGCAGCACCAACAACCGUUGCCCCAACAACCGCAAAACUUACAACUGCAGCCCCAACAACAGCAGCACCUACAACUGCAGCACCUACAACCACUGCCCCAACAACAGCAGCACCUACAACUGCUGCACCUACAAAUGCAGAACCCACAACAGUAACACCCACAACCUCUGCACCUAAAACAGCUGCACCUACAACAGCUGCACCUACAACAGCAGCACCUACAACAGCAGCACCUACAACCGCUACCCCAUCAACAGCAGCACAGACUACUGCAGCACCUACAAACAGGACAGGAGCACCUACAACUGCAGCAGAAACUACUAUUGCCCCUACAUCAGCUGCAACUUCAAUCAUUCCACCAAUGACUGUUGCACCUACAACAAAAGCAGAAACAGCAGCUGCAACAACUGCAGCACCUACGACAGCAUCACCAACAACCUCUGCCCCAACAACAGCAACAACUACAACAGCAGCUGCAACAACUGCAGCACCUACAACCACUGCUCCCAUGACAGCAGCACAUACAACUACUGUUGCAACACACACUGUUGCCCCUGAACCCACUUAUAUUCUCUCAGCAGUAUUCAAAGGACAGGAUUUCUCACCUGCCCUCACUGACUCCAACAGCGAUGAAUACAAAGCAAUAGAAACAGCAGCUCUAAAAGCGUGUAACGACAAGUUCAGCAGCAAGUUUGCAAACAAGUUUUCCCGCUGCCUUUUGAAAAACGUCAGGGCCUUAAGUCCACCAAAAGACACUGAAGCUCAAGUAACUGUGGCGGUUGUGUUCCAUGAGAAUACUACCUUUGCAGAUCUCCCACAGAAUAAUGUUGUUGCUCAGACCUUAGUAGAAGCUCUGAAUGACCCCAACAACAGCUUGGACGUGAGCAUAAAUCCUGCUUCAGUCAAAGUAUUAGAAAGUCCAGUUCCAGAUGUGACUACAACUGCUCCACCUACAACCACACCAUCCAUAGCACCAACUUCACCUGCAGCCUCUGAACCCACUUAUAUUCUCUCAGUAGAAUUGACAGAACUGGCUUUCUCACCUGCCCUCACUGACUCCAACAGCGAUGAAUACAAAGCUCUUGAAACAGCAGCUCUAAAAGCGUGUAACGACAAGUUCAGCAGCAAGUUUGCAAACAAGUUUUCCCGCUGCCUUUUGAAAAACGUCAGGGCCUUAAGUCCACCAAAAGACAACGAAACUCAAGCAACUGUGGCGGUUGUGUUCCAUGAGAAUACUACCUUUGCAGAUCUCCCACAGAAUAAUGUUGUUGCUCAGACCUUAGUAGAAGCUCUGAAUGACCCCAACAACAGCUUGGACGUGAGCAUAAAUCCUGCUUCAGUCAAAGUAUUAGAAAGUCCAGUUCCAGAUGUGACUACAACUGCUCCACCUACAACCACACCAUCCACAGCACCAACUUCACCUGCAGCCUCUGAACCCACUUAUAUUCUCUCAGUAGAAUUGAAAGAACUGGCUUUCUCACCUGCCCUCACUGACUCCAACAGCGAUGAAUACAAAGCUCUUGAAACAGCAGCUCUAAAAGCGUGUAACGACAAGUUCAGCAGCAAGUUUGCAAACAAGUUUUCCCGCUGCCUUUUGAAAAACGUCAGGGCCUUAAGUCCACCAAAAGACAACGAAACUCAAGCAACUGUGGCGGUUGUGUUCCAUGAGAAUACUACCUUUGCAGAUCUCCCACAGAAUAAUGUUGUUGCUCAGACCUUAGUAGAAGCUCUGAAUGACCCCAACAACAGCUUGGACGUGAGCAUAAAUCCUGCUUCAGUCAAAGUAUUAGAAAGUCCAGUUCCAGAUGUGACUACAACUGCUCCACCUACAACCACACCAUCCAUAGCACCAACUCCACCUACAACACCUAGACCCACUUACAUUCUCUCAGCAGUAUAUAAAGGACUGUCUUUUUCACUUGCCCUCACUGACUCCAACAGCGCUGAAUACAAAAAAUUGAAAGACAAAUUUGUAAAUGUGUGUCAUAAAAUUUACACUGCCAAAUAUCCCAAAACAUUUUCCCACUGCGAAUUAAAAAAGUUCAGUCCCGUGGAUGUAACACGAGUUACCGAAACUCAAGCGACGUUGGCAGUUAUCUUCCAUCCAAACACUUCUCAUGCAGAACUCCCACUGAAUGCUGUUGUUGUUAAAGACUUCAUACUGGCUCUCAGCGUUCCCAACAACAGCUUCAACCUGAGCGUAUAUCCACCUCAGUCUCGAUAUUAGCCAGUCCAGUUACAGAUCCAACUACAGUUGCAGCACCUAGUCCUGCUGCACCUGCAACUGUAGCACUCAUUAUAAAAAGGGUGAUAUUCAGGUCCCUUCUGACCCCCUUUACAAGUGACUUGCUGAAUCCAUCAUCUACAGCUUAUAAAAAUCGAGCUGCAAUGAUCAAAGAACAGCUUACACCUGUUUUCGACACGGCAUUCUCUUCUUCCUUCAAGUCCUUGGAAGUGAUCUCAUUCAGUAACGGAUCAAUUGUCAACACCGUGGAUGUUACGUUUUUAAGCACAUCUGCUCCUAAUAAUGUUCAGAUUGCAAACGUUUUAAUGAGCGCAGCUGGAAGCGUCAGCGGCUUUGAUAUCGAGGGGAGCUCCAUCUUCGUGAAUGGCAUAACUUCAAGUGGAGUAAGCCAUAAUAUCAGCCUCAUGACCGCAACCUGCCUAGCACUGUUGUCAUGGCUACUGUCCAGCCAACAUUGGCAGUAGUUCUGAUUUCCAUCACUGAAAAACGACUCUGGUGUAUUAAUUAUUGUAAAGUUGAAAUAUUAAGCAUCACAGUUUAAAUUGGGAUGCAUAAGUAAAUGUUUAUCAGUAAGCACUUUCCUUUAGAACUUUUUUUCUUAAUGAUUGUUUUUAAUAAUGUCCUUUUUUUAGUUUUAAUGGAAAACAUGCAGCUUCCUGUUGGUUGCACAUCCAAAUACUGCAUACAGUUUAAUCAUGAAAUUGUCAAUGAAAUGUACUCUCAAUUUUCUUAUUUAUAAAAACUAUUUAUUUAUACAAUCUUGCACAGCUGUAUUCUACUAUGUUCUGUCGUUUGCAAAAUUCCUGUCUGAAACUUUACAAUGACGACAAUAAAACAUUUUUAAAUGAA